GGACGAAGUUCAAUCUUGAACACGGCUGGAGGGAGUUGAGGUUUGAUCAAAAGUGGAGAUCCAACUCUGUCUCAAAAGAUGGUGCAAAGGAGAAACGGAAGGAAGCUGCAGAGUCAGUCCCUGACUCGGAUGAGGCUAGGCCUCCUGGUGUUAAGGCUUGCAAAGCAGCCAAACGCAAGAAAAAGGGGAAUGAAGCAGCCUUUGAUCGACUAGAAACCAUUCUAGACUUAAAACGCAACCUAGCAAAACAAAAAAAUUCUAGAUCGUCUCCUCUCUAAGAAACAUGAAACUCUAACUGAAAGUGAGGUGGCUCUUAAGGAGAAACUCGUUUCUGAGAUGCUCUAGGUGAUAAUUUGACAACUGCUUGUGCUUAGUUGAGGAUUUUCUUAGUUCAUUAGUUGAUUCUUUUGUUCAUUACUUGAUAACUUUGUUCAUUACAUGAUGAUUUUGCUGAUUACUUGACUUUAACUUAUAUUCUUCUGUCUCGUUUUACAGGUGAAGGUUGUUGGUUGUGGAGGUCACGGGUUCUACAAGGUUUGUUGGUUCUACAGGUCACGGGUUGUUGGUUGUGGAGGUCACGGGUUCUACAAGGUUUAGUCUGAGGUUGAUGGGUCAUCUCACGGGUUGUACUACUGAGAAAACAUGUGCUCAGUUCACGGGAGAAACUCGUUUGUUUUUUUUUUUUUAAUGAUGUACUUGUCGCGGAUGAUGUCAAGAAAGACACUAUAUAAUCUAUCUCUCAUUUUAUGCAUUGCUCUCAUCUUCAUCUCGAUCUAUUCUCUCAAAACAAUCAGAACAAAACCAUCUUUCCAAUCUCUUCUCUGUAAUUAAUCACACAACAACACUGAAGCACACAUAAGCCCACAUCUCGAAUUUGCCAAAUAAUGUCGUCCUCAUCAUCCGAUGGAGUAGAUGAAGCUUUUGAAGAAUAUUUUGACGAAGAAUUUGAUAAUAUCCUCAACUCCCUACUUGAUGAACAAGCCACCAACCCAAAGAAACGGAAUUAUAUCGAAAGAGAUCGGGAACAAGGCCACAUUCAACUAUGGAACGACUAUUUUGACGAAAAUCCUACUUACACAACGGACAUGUUUAGGCGGCGUUUUAGAAUGAACAAACCAUUGUUCCUUCGCAUUGUCGAGCGGCUAACUACAGGUGUUACGUACUUUCAGCAACGAGUAAAUUCUCACGGAAGGAAAGGGCUCUCACCACUUCAAAAAUGUACGGCAGCUAUACUUAUGCUCGCAUAUGGUCAAUCGGGAGAUACGUAUGACGAAUAUCUUCGACUCGGUGAAAGUACUGCUCUUUUAUGUUUGGAACAUUUUACUAAUGGGAUAAUACACUUUUUUGGUGAUGAGUAUCUAAGAAUACCUACGGCAGAAGAUCUUCAACGAUUACUCGAUAUUGGAGAGGCACGCGGGUUUCCCGGGAUGAUUGGCAGCAUUGAUUGUAUGCAUUGGGAGUGGAAAAACUGCCCAACGGCUUGGAGAGGGCAGUACACACGAGGUUCAGGAAAGCCGACAAUUGUCUUAGAGGCUGUGGCAUCAGAAGAUAUUUGGAUAUGGCACGCAUUUUUCGGAUUACCAGGUACCCUUAACGAUAUCAAUGUUCUUGAUCGGUCUCCUGUUUUUGAUGACAUCAUAAAAGGUCGAGCACCUACAGUUAAAUUCAAGGUCAACAACCACACUUACCUUACUGACGGAAUUUAUCCAAAUUGGUCGACAUUUAUCCAAUCUAUCUCACUUCUUCAAGGUGAUAAAGCAGAGCUGUUUGCUAAACAUCAAGAAUCCACCAGAAAAGAUGUCGAACGAGCUUUUGGGGUAUUGCAAGCGAGGUUUGCAAUAGUCAAAAACCCAGGCCGACUAUGGGACAAGGAAAAGUUAGGGAAGAUUAUGAGAUGUUGUAUCAUAUUGCACAAUAUGAUUGUGGAGAACGAACGAGGAAAAUACAGUCUAACUGAUACUUCUCAGUUCGAGUCAGGAGAGUCGAGCAGAGGUUCGAAGGUCACAAGGCGAGAAAGUUUGCAUUCCACUAACAUGCUAGGCAUGCGCAAUGAAGUUCGAGAUUCAGGAAAACAUGAACGUUUGAAAGCUGAUUUAGUUGAAAAUGUAUGGCAAACAUUUGAAAACGAUCAAUAA